AUGAAUUUGCAAUUAAUUAAUUAUCCAGUCGAAGGAACUGUAGAACAAGAGUAGUCAAAAUCGCCUAAGAGAAGAGGAAUUUUUAUAAAGCAUUUUCGCUAACCUAUGAAGAUAUAAACUAAUAAUUUUAUAUAUCCUCUUCGAUCUCCUAAAAUAAAAUCUAGUAAAAGUAGUACAAGAUAAAAUGAAAUCACUUGGUUUAGUGAUAAUAAUUAAAUAAAAGAGCAUAAUUAGACAUUUUAUUAAACUAAUAGCUUUAAACCUUUUUUUAAGUUAAGUAGUGAAUAAAAGAAUAGAUUUGCAAUAAUAAAAAAGGUAUUCAAAAAAGAAGAUGAAAAGGAUUGUAUAUUUUUAGAGAGAAAGUUGAGUUUAUUGAAAUUUAAUUUUAAAGAAAAAGAGAAAGAAAAAGAAGAAAGUUAAAAAAUUUCGAUUGAUUAAUCUUCAAUAAAGAUUCCAUAAACAGCAUAAUCAACACGAAAGAGACAAUAUUUAAUAAAUAAUAAGCCUCAAUUAUUUUAGAAUAAAAUUAACAGAAGAUUUAAUAGUGAUACUGAUUUAUAAGAUCAAAAACCAAAUAGAAAACAAAUAAUAUCAUACUCGAUAAGGCCUAAUACUCAUAAUUAUGAUCGUGAUCAUUAAGAAUUUGCUCAAAGCAUCUUAAAUCAAUAUUUGAGAAAAAGUUUGUAAGAUUAAUGA